AUGUUGUUAGUAUUAGUACUUAUACUCAUUGUAACUUCAUGGGGUUGUGCUGUUGGUGAAUACUAUUAUAAUUUUUUUCGAGGUUGUUGGGAUUGUUCGGAUGAAAGUUUUUGUCCUGGAGAUGAUGCGUUUUAUCAAUGUAAUUGCCACUCUUGCAACAAAAUAAAUGGAGUGUGUAGUUCAGCAUGUUUUAAUGGCUAUGUCAAAGAUGAAAUUGGUAGGUGUCAAAAAUGUGCACCAGGUUAUUAUAAAAGCUCACAAUGGGAAUGUAGUGAAUGUGCCAGUGGAUAUUAUUGUCCUGGAGAUGGAUUUCAAUAUAAGGCUAAUUGUUGGAAUUUCAACAAAAAAACUGGUGUUUGUACUUCAGACUGUUAUCCAAAUUAUGUCAAGUCUACUGAUGGUAAAUGUCAAGAAUGUUCUAAUUCUUACUACAUGAACCAAGGAAAUUGUUUGUCUUGUAACUGUAAUUCAUGUAAUUCAACUACGGGUGUUUGUUAUUCUAACUGUAAUAUUCGCAAGUUAACCUCAAAUAAUGGUUUUUGUUCAUAUUGUCCAUCUGGAAGUUAUUACGAUGAAAGUAUAUUUGGUUUAAGUUACCGCUGUCCUGGUUGUACACAAGGUUCAUAUUGUCCUGGCAAUGACAUUAAAUAUUCUUGUAAUUGUAGGAAUUGUGACUCAAGAAAUGGAAGGUGUACGAGUAAUUGUUAUGCCGGGUAUGAAAAAGAGAGUUCAACUGGAAGGUGUAUUCCUUGUCAAGAAGGAUAUUAUUCAUUAGGUGAUGGAAGUCAAUGUACAAAGUGUAGGUGUAGUGUUUGUGAUAAAAAAGAGGGGUGUUAUAUUGGAUGUGAUCCAGGAUAUGGUUAUGAUUCAAAUAAAAAACAAUGUACGAUAUGUUCUGUAGGAUCUUACUCUAUUGGAGGAAAAGGUUCAUGCCUGUCAUGUGAAGGAAAUAGUAUUUCUUCUGUAGAAGGUUCAUCUUCAUGUAAAACUUGCCCAAAGAACCAAGUUGCUAAUCUUCAGAAAACAUCAAAUGAAAUUUCAAAUUCUGAUCAUACUCAGUGUCUUGAGUGUGAAGCUGGAAAAUACAAGAAAGGAAAUAGUUGUGUGUAUUGUGGUUUAAAAACAUAUUCAUUAAAAGGAGCAGUUUCAUGUAUUGAGUGUGAUAGUUCAUGUUUAUCUUGUGACUCAACUAAUGGGAAUUGUUUGACUUGUAAUAAAGGGUCAUAUUUAAAUACAAAAACACAUAGAUGUGAGCCAUGUCCAGCUGGAACUUAUUCAAAUACAACAACUGCAACUUCUUGUGAGAAAUGUUUAGAACAAGAGUGGUCUAAUUCUGGGUCUGUUACAUGCUCACAAUGUCAGGCAAAUUGUCAGGAAUGUAAUAACACAAAUGGUAAAUGUAAGAAUUGUCCAACAGGGUAUGGUUAUAAUUCAAAAAAAGGGUCUUGUACAAUGUGUAAGGUUGGGACAUAUUCUACAGGAAAUACUAGUAAAUGUCUUUCAUGUAACGCUGGUUCAUUUCAACCACAAAUGGGUCAGUCAAAGUGUGAAUCAUGUAGUGAUGGCUUUUAUCAAAACUCACAAAAAAGUUCAAGUUGUAAGCCAUGUUCUUCUUCUUGUAGUACUUGUUCUAAAAGUACUGGAGAAUGUCAGAGUUGUAAAAAAGGUUAUGGACUAAGUGAUGGAGUAUGUCGUGAAUGUCCAGCAGGAACACAUAACCCAAUUAAAAAUACAGACGCAUGUGUUAGUUGUGAAGCAGGCACUUAUUCUAAUUUACCUCAGCAACAAACCUGUAUCGAAUGUCCACAACUUUAUUGGUCAAAUUCUAAUUCUAUUUCUUGUACAGCAUGUGAUGAAGGAUGUAGUUCAUGUGAUAAAAAGAAUGGAAAAUGUCUAACUUGUAAACCUGGAUAUGGAAUUAAUAUAAACGAUGGAACUUGUACUGCUUGUGCAUAUGGGAGCUAUUCAAAAGGAGAAACUUCAGUAUGUGAAAUAUGUAAAAAUGGAACAUAUGCAAAUCAAAUAAAACAAGAAGCUUGCCAAAAAUGUUCUUCCACUUGCAGUGAGUGUGAUAAAUCAUCAGGAAAUUGCAUUCAUUGUAAAGCAGGAUAUCAGUUAGAAAAUGGAAUUUGCAAAACUUGCCAAGAAAUGACUUAUUCACUUCUCAAUCAUGAUAAAUGUAUUCCGUGUAAUAGUUCUUGUAAACGAUGUUCAAGUGUAACAGGGGAAUGUACGAGUUGUCCAAAUGGUGAAAAGACUGUAUCAGGGAAAUGUGAAAAUUGUUCAACAAAUGGAAAUUGUGUUUUAUGUUCAACUAAUGCUACUGAAGAAAAUAAACAAUGCGUCCAAUGUUCAAUUGGACAUUAUUUAAAAUCAAACAAAUGUAAUAUUUGUAGUGAAUUAGAUUCAAAAUGUAUAUCUUGUAAUCCAUCAGCAGAAGAGUGUAUAAGUUGUUCAGGAAAUAAUAUAUUAAAUGAGGAAAAAACAAAAUGUGUUCCAUGCAAAGAAGGAGAAGUUAAAAUUAGUGAAAUACAGUGUAUUCCAUGUUCUUCUAAAAUAGAAGGAUGUUCAUCAUGUAUUUUUAAUUCGAUUUCGGAUAUUAAAUGUGCAGCGUGUUAUGCUCCAUAUGAGUUAUCGAAUGAACAAACAACUUGUGUUAAUUGUCUUAAUCAAAAUAUGUCAUAUUAUGACCAAGAUACAAAGAAGUGUGUCAAAAAUAGUCAAGGAUGUUUAAAUCAGAUAGGAAAGACAGAGUGCAUUAGUUGUAGUUCAGAUACCUAUUAUUUGAGAAAUGGAGUUUGUUCAAUAUUUGAUUCACAAUGUACACAAAAAAGUUCAAAAGGGUGUGAAGAGUGUUCAAAUCAAGUUAUUCCAAAUAACAACCAAUGUAGUAUUAAUAUUGAACAAUGCAAAUAUGGGACGAGUUCAACACAAGGUAUUUGUUAUGUGUGUGAAUUAAAUUAUCAAAAUAAUAAUGGAACUUGUGAGUCAACUACAGGGAAAUGUCAGUAUUAUCAAAAUGAAUAUUGUUUACUUUGUAAUGAGGGAAGAUCAAAUGGGAAACAAUGUAUUUCUUGUAAAAAAGGAGUAGAUGUGUGUAUAUAUUAUCAUAAUAAAGAAAUACCAAUAAGAUGUUCAGAUGGUUAUUUUCUUGAUUCAAAUAAUGAGUGCAUUGAGAAAACAACAACAAUAACUUGUCAAAGUAUUAAUAAUAGUUAUUGUGUUCAAUGUGGAUCACAUCAAUAUGUUAAUCAUGGAAUUUGUAAAAAUAAUAAUGAAGAAUGUGAGAUAGAAGAUAAGAAUGGUUGUUUAAAAUGUAAUGAUGGAGUUUCAAUUAAUGGAGAAUGUCUUAGUACAAGCACUUUAAAUUGUAAUAAAGUCAAUAAAAAUCAAUGUUUUGAAUGUAAAGAAGGUAAUUAUAGAAACAUUAAUACAUGUUCACCAAUUGACACAUUAUCUGGUGAAUUAAAACAAUGUAAAACAUAUAAUGUAAUAUCAGAAAAAUGUUUAGAAUGCACUGAUGAAUAUUUAUUAUAUCAUAAUAGUAAAUGUGAAAUAAAACAAGAAUUACGUCAAAAUAAAAUGAAAAAAGAAGAAGGUAUUGAUACAUGUUUUGAACGAACAAGUAAAGGGUGUUUAAGAUGUAAGUCAGGAUAUUAUCUUGAAGAUGGAGAAUGUUGGGAAUGUCAAGGAGAAUGUUGGGAAUGCUCAAGUAAGGAUUAUUGUACAGGAUGUGAUCCAUAUUCUUAUCCUAGUAAUGGAAAAUGUAUAAAAAUGAAUGAUUUAGUUCAACGAUGUGACCAAAUGAUGUCAACGUAUACUGGUUGUGUCAAUUGUAAAGAAGGAUAUUAUAAAGCAGAAGAUGGAAAAAAUUGUAAUAAGUGUGAUAAAUCAUGUUUAUCUUGUAUGAAAAAUAAUACUUGUAUACAAUGUGCUGAAGAUUAUUUUAGAUAUGGAUUUGAAGUAUCAACACUUUGUCUUCCUCAAAAUCAAAUUAAUAAUUGUUUGAAUAAAACAAAACAUGGCUGUGAAAAUUGUGAAGAGGGAUAUUACAGAACAAGUAUGUAUCAGUGCAAAGAAUGUGGAGUCAAUUGCACUAGUUGUUCAAGCAAAAAUAAGUGUUUGAGUUGUAUAACAGAAAAUGUAUUAGGCACAAAUGGUAAUUGUUUACAUUAUUCAUUUAUACCAAAUUGUAUUAAUUCAUCAAAUUCAAGAUGUUCAGAAUGUUCUAAAGGAUAUAUAUUGGAUGAUGAGGAAACAGGAUGUAUUGAGAAAAAGAAAAAUAUUGGAAUGACUAUUGGUAUUACAAUUGGAACGUUUAUAAUUGUUUUAAUUAUUGUUAUUAUCAUUACUAUAAUUAUUACUAUAUUCUAUCUUCAACACAAAAAAGAAAAGAAGAAGAUGGAUAAUAUUUGUGUCUUUGAAAUGAAAAGAUCUAAUAUUAAAAUGAACGAAUUUUAUGGUGUAAUUUGUUCUAAUAUAGAUGAAAUUAAUUUCAAUUCAAAUGGAGAUAAAAUUAAAGUAAAUCAAGAAACAAGGGAAUUAGUUUGUAUUGGGAAUAAUGGAAAGAAUAGAAUAAAAGUUCAAUUCACUACACAAGAUGAAAAUGAUAAAUAUAACAUAAGAACUGAACCAAAGAUCAUUACAUUAAAAAAAGGAGAAGCAUGUGAAUUUGAAAUUUUUGUGACUCCAUUUUGUACAUGUACAAUAGAAAAUAAUAUAACUAUAGUAGGAUUAGAUAUUGGAACAAGUAAAGAAAUUGUUGCUCCAAUGAAAAUUAAAUUUGAUACAGAACUAACAACAUUACUUGAUCCAGAUGAAUUAAUAGAAGAAAAGAAAAUUGGAGAAGGGUCAUUUGGAAUAGUUUAUAUUGGAAAAUUUAGAGGAAAUAAAGUAGCAAUUAAAAAAAUGAAAGAAGUUGCACAAAACAAAACAGCUAUUGACGAAUUUGAGAAAGAAGUAUCAAUGUUAGAUAAGUUUAGAAGUGAAUAUAUCAUCCAUUUUUAUGGAGCUGUAGUGAUACCAGGAAAAGUAUGUAUGGUAACAGAGUUUGCACAAUAUGGGUCAUUACAAGAUAUGAUUAAUAAAAGAAAAGAAACUUUAGUUUCAAUGAAAAUGAAAAUUAAAUUUAUGAUAGAUGCUGCAAAAGGAAUUUCAUAUCUUCAUUCAAAUGGAAUAUUACAUCGUGACAUUAAACCUGAUAAUAUUUUAGUUAUUUCACUUGAAGAAAAUGAACAAGUCAAUUGUAAAUUAACUGAUUUUGGAAGUGCAAGAAAUGUUAAUUUAAUGAUGACAAAUAUGACAUUCACAAAAGGAAUUGGUUCACCAAAAUACAUGGCACCAGAAAUAUUAAAUAAAGAACAUUACAAAAUGCCAUCAGACAUAUAUUCAUUAGCAAUAACAAUGUAUCAAACAUGGAGUUGGAAAAAUCCAUAUGAUAAAGAUGAAGGAUCUCGAUUUAAAUAUCCAUGGAAAAUUGCUGAAUUUGUGACUAGUGGAAAACGAUUAGAAAGAAUACCAACAAUCCCAGAAAAAUUAUACAAGAUCAUUGAAGAGUGUUGGAAGCCAAAUCCAGAAGAAAGAAUGAAAAUAAACAAUCUCGUUGAAGUUCUUGAACAACAAUAUCAAAACGAAAUGAAUUAG